AUGAUUUCUACACCUUUAGAACAAUUUACAAUAUCAAGUAUAAUACCUUUACAUAUUGGUAAAUAUUACUUUUCUUUUACAAAUUCAUCUCUAUAUUUAUUUUUAGCUAUUGGUACAGCUGGUUUAUUAUUUCAUUUUGUAACUCAAAAUGGAGGGUUUUUAGUACCAAGCCGUUGGCAAUCACUAGUAGAAAUGAUUUAUGAGUUUGUUAGAAGUCUAAUACAAGAACAAAUCGGUGCAAAAGGAAGAAAAUACUUUCCAAUAGUAUUUACCCUAUUUGUAUUUCUAUUAUUUACGAAUUUAAUAGGUAUGAUUCCGUAUAGUUUUACAGCUACAUCUCAUUUAGCUGUAACUUUUGGAUUAUCACUUUCACUCUUUAUUGCAAUCACUAUUAUUGGUUUCCAAAUACAUGGCCUACACUUUUUUAGUUUUCUUUUACCAAAAGGCGCACCUUUAAUAUUAGCACCAUUAUUAGUAGUUUUAGAGUUAGUAUCUUAUUGCUUCCGAGCUAUUAGUUUGGGUGUUCGUCUUUUUGCUAAUAUGAUGGCUGGACAUACUUUAGUAAAAAUUUUAAGUGGGUUUGCAUGGACUAUGCUUUCUGUAGGUGGUGCUCUAUCAGUAGCAUCAGUUUUUCCUUUUGCUGUAGUUUUUGCUCUUACAGGACUUGAAAUUGGAGUUGCUUGUUUACAAGCAUAUGUAUUUACAAUCCUUAUUUGUAUCUACUUAAACGAUGCUAUUAAUUUACACUAA